AUGUUCAUAGAGCAAAGACUUGAAGCUUUGAAUAAAAUUGACGAAGGCAUCGUUCAACUCUUGGAAAGUCUAGGAUGCAUUUUUGAAACGUAUACUGUGCCGAGCAAAUCCGACUUCCAGGACGUUUCUCAAAUUAGAGAUCACUUCAGUGGCGACGUGAGAAAAUUCUACAGCUCUUUGAGCAACGUGGCCAUAAGCUUGAGGAAAGAAGUCAAACUCUUAGAUGACAACACGGGAACCUCUCAACUGAACAAAGACCUGGUGAUGGUGUUGCCAGUGAGUGUGGAGAAGAAGAAUACUGCCCUCGGUGAAAUCAAGCUCGAAGCAGAAUUAAAAAACUUGGAAUGA